GUUGAGUGCAGACAAAAUAAAGGUGUCGUUACGAUAAGUCUCAUCGCGAAAUAUUUAUUCGCUAGGUUAUUGCAUUAAGAGCAGUCAUCAACAAUGGCAACAACAAAAGUCCUUUUGAACUUCCCAUGGGCAAAAAAUAAGGAACAUGACUUAAAAUCUGCAAAAACGAAAGAAGGAAUAAGUGAAUUAGCACAAAAAGUCGCAAAAUCGGAACUGCGUGAAGACAAAGAGAUUAGAGAACAAAGCUUGAUGCAAAUGCGUGAAUGGAUAUCUAAAAACUAUGAUGUUGAGGAUGUUCGAAUUGACGAUGGAUUUUUGUUACGGUUUCUCCGCAAUAAGAAAUAUUCAAUUCCAAUGGCCGAGCAGCAACUGCUCAAAUACCUAAAUAUGAGAAAAGUUAUGACACAUUUGUCCUACAAUUUGGACUUUCUUGAUCCAUGUGUGAAGAAUUUGUUUGACAAUGGAUAUAUUGUAGUGUCGCCGAUACGCGAUAAGUUUGGACGAAGAACGAUCUUGUAUUCUGCAAACGGACUGAAUGGAAUUGAAUUUAAAUAUGAAGAUCAAGUGAGAGCUCAUUUCAUAGUUCUCGAAGCAUUGAUUGAUUCACAAGAGGAACAAGUUCUUGGUGUCGUCCACAUAGGAGAUUUUUCUGGUGCAACAAAGGAACAUAUUACAAUUUGGAGGAAUCCAGCAGAUCUUAUGAGAUUAUUAAAAUGGGGAGAACAAUCUCUUCCAUUGAGACAUAAAGAGAUUCAUUUGCAUAAUGUGUCAGCAAUCUUGAAAUUCGUUGUUGAUGCUGGAAAGAGUGUCCUUUCAUCAAAGAUUAGGAAUCGCUUUAAUGUCCAUUUAACAACAGAUGACAUGAAGAAGAGCAUCGCAUCAGUCGAUGUACUUCCAAAAGAAAUGGGAGGCAAAAUUCCAUUAGCAGAAAUGAUUCAAAACUUUAAAAUGGAAUUGGCAACUAGUAGAAGUACAAUAUUGGCGCUUGAUAAGAUGAAGAUUAUCAAUGAUUCUGGUAUUAUUGGAAGACGAAAUGUUGAUAAGAAUAACAACGCAGUGUCUGAAAAAUCUGAUCAGGUUAUUGGAAGUUUCCGAAGGUUGGAAAUUGAUUGACGAUUCUUAGAAAUACUAUCUUAUGUGAUAACUUUUGUUUAAUUCGCAUUAAAAUUCAAAAAUUUACCAUCCAAAAAUUUAUCGGAAAUGAUUUUUAAUUUGGUAGCUUUCGUGUUCAAUUUAUACUUAUUUUGAGAUUUAACCUUUUUGUAUAAAUUUGUUUUGUUU